AACUGAAAACUACCUAACAAUGCCACCACAUCUUUAUACAAGAUAUUAUUUAUGUAGUAUAUUUGUUACUAAUUAUUUAAUGAGAUGACUGGUAUGCAUAUGGAUUCUGGACUAUCUUUCAAUCUGACCAUUCACCUCCUUAUUUUUCUACCCUUUCCCAAUCUUAAGAAAUUGGACUUUAUGCCAAAAUUCUAGAUGGUUUUUGGCAACCAAGAAAUGUAAUUAAUAAUGAUUAACAACACAUGAUCCUAGAUAUAGGGUUGGAAUGGAUUUUAUAAGCCAUCCAAUCUUAAGACCAUAGAACGUAAGCUGGAAGAGAUGUCAAAGGUCAUAUAGUCCAAGUCCUUCCUUUUUACAGAUGAGAAAACUGAGGUCCAGAGAGGUUAAGUUAUGAUUUUGAUCAAGGAACAUAUAGGUAGCAAGCAGCAAAUCCUCAAAGGCAGGGAUUGUAUAAGGUUAAUAAGUAACAGAAUAAGGAUUUGAACUUGGGUCACAUGACUCCAAGUUUAGGACUCUUUCCAUUGUACCACUUUUAUAUAAUUUUAGCAUAGUUCUUGACCUUUUGGGGGGUCAUGGACAUAUUGGGCAGAGUGAUGAAACCUAUGGACCCUUUCUCAGAAUAAUGUUUUAAAAUAAUUGAAGAAAAUACUUAAUUUCAGUUAGAGGUUAGUAAAAAUACAGAUGUAUUUUUCCCCAUCUAAGUUCAUGAAGUUGAUCAAAUCUAUCCCUGGACCCCUUGGAGGAUCUGUGGAACCCAAGUUAAAAACCCUUGCUUGAAGGUUACCAAGUCAUUCCAGAUUGGACAUACCUAGGUAGAUCUGAUUCUUUAUUAAAUAAGAUACUUUAUUAAACCCACUUUGGCAUAGUGGAUAGAACAUCGGACUUGGGAGUUGGGAAGUCUUAGCUUCAAAUCUUACCCUUAGACACUUACUAGUUAGUUGUGUGUCCCUGGGAAAAUCAACUAAUAACCUCUCACUGCCUCGGUUUUCUCAUCUGUAAAAUGAGGGGCUUGGACUGGGUCUUUGAUGUCUCUUCCAAAUCUAAAUCUAUGACCCUAUAAUAUUGAAAAUUAUUACAACCACAUAGUUUCUUUUUCUUUUCUUUUUUUUUUUUUUGGUUAGGCAAUGAGGGUUAAGUGACUUGCCCAGGGUCCCACAGCUAGUGUCAAGUGUCUGGACUGGCAUUUGAACUCAGGUCCUCCUGAAUCCAGGGCCGGUGCUUUAUCCACUGCGCCAUCUAGCUGCCCCCAACCACAUGGUUUCCAAAAGGGACCAUGCCCGCAGCCCAAGGCCUUCUCCAGCUCGAAAUCUACGACGCUAUUGUCCCUUCCAACUUGAAAUCCCUACAGUCUCAUCCCCAGCCUUUCCCAAACCUCACGCCACGUUCUUGAGAACUCGGCGGCCGUACAACAUGACGGCGCCCGGAAUUCUCGGGUUUCCUCCGUACACUAUGGCUGCCGCCUGGACUCAGAGUUCGCCCCGCCCCCUUCCACCGGAAGUUUCUGUUUGAAAUAACUGAGGCGCGUGCAGCCGGCGGUUUCUGUGACUUGAGUCUAGAGUGGUGAUGGAGAGUGGGUCCAGACUAGGAGCGGGGGACCCGGCCUCGGUGGCUGAGCGUCCAGGGGUGCAGCCCGGCCCCAUUUCGAGAACCAGCACUGCCCGGCCUGCGUUCGCCUGCUCGGCCCCCUCGGCGGCGUUGGGGGGCGGUCAGCCCGUGGAGACGCAUUCUCGGGCUACUUUUAAGAGUCAGAUACCCCAGAGGUCCAAAGAAAUAGAACUCCACAAGGCUCCCAACUCAACAGGCCCAGAGGAUGAAUUGUACAAAACCACCAAGCAGAGGCAGAUGAAGACUAUGGAUCCUGCUGUUAAGAAGAACAUUAAAAAGAGCUACAAACCAUUAAAUCGACAGAAAGCUGAGGAAGAGCUCAAAGAGAAGAACCAGCUGUUAGAAGCAGUUAACAGGCAGUUGCACCAGAAGCUGACUGAAAGCCAGGGAGAGCUGAAGGUACUGACUCAAAAGGUGGAGUUGCUGGAGAAAUCUCAGGAUACCUACUUGGCAAUUUUGGAGAGUGGCAAUAUUGACCCAGUUACAGGCAAACAGAUCCUGGAAAACCAGCAAGAAAAAAUGAAAUGUCAAAUGGAGUCUGUGUUGCUCUUGGAAAGUCUGAAAGAUGAACUGAAGCUUUUUAACCAGACAGCUACAAAGCAGAUGGAGGAGUUACAGGCAUUGAAAGUGAAAUUGAAGAUGGAAGAAGAGGAAAGAUCUCAUUUCCUAGAAAAACGAGCAGCAUUUAACAACAAAAGAGAUGAUCUCACAGCUGCUCUUGAGCAAAUGGAACAAUUACUAGCACUUUGAAAAGAAAGGGGGUUCAUUCCUUUAGAUAAGGUUAAACUAUAAGAACAUUCUCUUAAGUUUUCCUAGGACAGGACUUCCCCUUACUCUCCCAACUAAAAUAUCCUCAGAAACAAAGUUGGAAUAAUCUAGGUUUGUACUGAGGGGCAUUCCUGCCUUAUAAGCAUAUUUUGAUCAACCAGCCAGAUAUGUGAAUCAUCUUUUGUUGGACAGCCUUAAGAUCCAACAAGGAAAGCUGGACCCUUGGGCUGCCUUGCUGUAGUUACUAAAUGGCAGUUCAGCUGGAGGGUAGAACCAGAAAUUGAAAAGAGUGAACAGAAGAACCAAGAUUGAUCUGUCUCAGUUUGGGGGUUGGAAAUUUGAAAUGUUUUCAGUUUGUAGAAUGGACUAAAAGGAAAGAGAUGUUGAAUCCAUGCUGUCGUAAUCUGAUCUGAUACCUAUUUUUUUGGUUAGACCCGUUUCCUGGUUGGGAUUUAAGCAUAUCUUAAGGCUUGAGCUCUUGUCUUAUGCUGCUGCUUUUUUGCUCCCAACUAAAUCUCUGAACUUGAAGUAGGUCAGCAUAGAUGUCCCUAAACAAGGAGAGAAGGUGUACAGUUGGAUGAUUAACAUCUUCUUGAAAUAACUGAAUAGAACAGUGGACUUGGGAUGAAUUCAUGACUGUGAUCAUUUUGGUCCAAACCACCUGAUGUUUGUUCUUUUUUAUUUUCUUAAGCUAAAUUACUUAUGUAAAUAAAUAUUUUUGGACUAGAAUAUCAUGGAAAAGGAUUUGUUAGACGCUAAAUGUAUACUAAGCACUGUGCUACAUACUGCCUAGUGUUCACAUUCUACUUGAGAGAAACUCUAUAUAAUAGAGAGUUCGGGGCUGAUGGAAAGGACCUUAGAGUUCAGUGGCAGGCCAGAUGGUAAGGCUUGGUGGUCUUCGACCUUGCCAGAAGGAUUGUACAUCAAAGUGGUGUAGCAGCCUGGAGAGUUAGAAGGGUUCAAGAAGGGAUAUCCUUGCAGGACCUGAGCAAGAGAGAGGGUAGGUCAAGUACUCCACCCUCCAGCUCCAGAUUGGUGCACUCUGGGUGGGGACUUAGGGUUGAGUUGGGAUGCUUGGGGAGAAGGUCCUUUGUAAAGUGUGUCUCUAACAUUAAGGAAUAAAACCUAACUUGUGCCUCCCCACAGAGUCGACCUUAAUAUUCUCUGGCUGUUUUUCCCUGAUCCAUGAGUAGACUAUUAAUCUAACCAAGAAUUAUUUCCAGUCUUCAUCAUAAGCCUCUGUGACCAGCUCAGUAGCAGGUGGUAUUUCCCUCUGUAAAGAAUUAAUUGUUAUUUGAGGUUUUUAUGCCUCGGUGCACAUUGGCCUGGGGCUCUGCAAACCACACAGUGCUCCAGCCACUGGUUAUAGCCGUUGCCAGGGCUCUGGCACC